UCCCUCCAGUACGAGAAAGAUGGGGAGUUCCGCCACACUUGCGGGGGGUCCCUCAUCGCCCCCCAAUGGGUCAUGACUGCCGCCCACUGCAUCUCCAAAUCCCGCAAAUAUAAGGUUGUCCUGGGCGAAUACGACAUGAGCAAGGAGGACGGGUCUGAGCAACACAUCCCCAUCAAUGAAGGUGAUCUUUUUGUUCACCCGCGAUGGAUCUCCAUCUGUGCGGCUUGUGGCAACGACAUUGCGCUCCUGAAGCUGUCUCGGCCUGCGGAGCUGAAUGACGACGUUGAACUGGCUUGCCUUCCUCCAGCUGGAGAAAUCCUUCCCAACGAGUAUCCCUGCUAUAUCAGCGGAUGGGGACGGCUUUAUACCAAUGGCCCGCUUCCAGAUAAACUGCAGCAAGCUGUACUCCCCGUCGUGGACAAUGAGCAUUGCAACCAGAAGGACUGGUGGGGAGGCGUCAUCCGACAGAGCAUGAUCUGUGCCGGAGGAGACAUCCGGGCCGGAUGCAACGGCGACUCCGGAGGUCCCUUGAACUGCCAGGCCACCGACGGCAAGUGGUACGUUCACGGCAUCGCUAGCUUCGUCUCCGCUCUGGGCUGCAAUGCCUUGAAGAAGCCCACUGUCUUCACCCGGGUCUCCGAUUUCGACGCCUGGAUCCAGGAGACCAUCGCGAAAAAUUAGCGAUGACCCGGCCACCUUCCAGAAGGAUCUCCUUUGUUCCAAAAAUAAAUGCUGAGACAUAUAGAAAAAA